AUGGAUGGUGGACGUCACAGUGUGGGUAGACCAUGGACUCCCUCUGACUCUGAGCGACCUCGUCCUGUGGGGGAUGGGGCCGGAAUUCAGGCGGAGAAGACAUUUUCCUGUCCUGAGUGUGGGAAAGGCUUUUCACGGAAGUCCUAUCUUUCUGUACAUCAGAUCUGGCACACAGGCGAGAAGCCGCAUUCCUGCUCUGAGUGCGGGAAAUGUUACUCACGGAAAUCAGACCUUCUCGUACAUAGCAAAAUUCACACAGGGGAGAAGCCCUAUUCCUGUCCUGAGUGCGGAAAACGUUUUGCACGUAAACCAGAUCUCACUGCACACCAAAGGUCUCACACAGGGGAGAAGCCAUUUGGCUGCUCUGAGUGUGGGAAAAGCUAUGCAUGGAGGUCACAGCUUUUGAGACAUCUAAGAUCUCACACGGGUGAGAAACCGUAUUCAUGCCCUGAGUGUGGGAAAUGUUACCCACUGAAGUCAGAACUGCUCACACAUCAAAGAUAUCACACAGGGGACAGGCCCCAUUCCUGUCCUGAGUGCGGAAUUAGCUUUUUGUGGAAAUCGGAACUUGAUAGACAUAAAAAGUGUCACACGGGGGAGAAGCCGUAUGCCUGCUCUGAGUGCGGAAAAUGUUUUCUCCGUAAGUCAGAUCUUGGUAAACAUCUGAGAUCUCACACGGGGGAAAAGCCGUAUUCCUGCCCGGAGUGUGGGAAAUGUUUUUCAGAGAGGUCCAACCUUUUCAGACAUCAGAGAUCCCACACAAACCUUGAGAAGACAUUUUCCUGUCCUGAGUGCGGAGAAUGUUUUAGCUGUGAGUUAGGUCUUUCUAUACAUCAAGCUUCACAUGCCUAUGAUAAGGUUCAUUCCUGCUCCGAGUGCGGGAAUAGUUUCAAUUUUAAAUCCGAACUGGUCGCACACUACAGAUCUCACACGGGGGAGAAGCCAUAUUCCUGCCAAGAGUGUGGGAAGUGUUUUUCACGGUCAUCAGCUCUUUACAGACAUCAGAGGUGUCACACGGGUGAAAAGCCGUGUUCCUGUACAGAGUGUGGAAAAUGCUUUCGUCAUAAAUCGGAACUGGUCCAACAUCAGAGAUCUCACACGGGGGAGAAGCCGUAUUGCUGUUCUGAGUGUGGGAAACGUUUCUCACAGAAUGCCUAUCUUUCCAGACAUCAGAAAUUACACCGAGACGAAAAGCCGUACUCCUGUCCCGAGUGUGGGAAAAGCUUUGCUACUAAAUCUAAACUGGACAUACAUUGCAGAUCUCACACGGGUGAGAAGCCGUAUUCCUGCCCCGAGUGUGGAAAAAGUUAUUCAAGUACGUCGAUGCUUUAUAGACAUCAGAGAUUACACACAGGUGAGAAACCGCAUUCCUGCCCUGAGUGCGGGAAAUCUUUUAUUCAGAAAUCUGAACUUGCCACGCAUCAAAGAUAUCACACAGGGGACAGGCCGUAUUCCUGUCCUGAGUGCGGAAAUCGUUUUCUAUGUGCCCCGCGGAAAUCAGAACUUAUCAAACAUCAAAGAAGUCACACGGGGGAGAAGCCAUAUUGCUGUGCUGAGUGCGGGAAAAGCUUUUCACAGAGUUCCAAUCUUUCUGCACAUCAGAUAUGUCACACAGGCGAGAAGCCGUAUUCGUGCUCUGAAUGCGGGAAGUGCUAUCCACGGAAAUCAGAACUUCUCAAACAUCAAAAAAUUCACACGGGUGAGAAGCCAUAUUCCUGCUCUGAGUGUGGGAAACGUUUUCUUCAAAAACAAUAUCUCAAUGUACAUCAGAGAUCUCACACGGGGGAGAAGCCUUAUUGCUGCUUGGAGUGUGGAAAGUGUUACUCAAGGGUAUCAGAAUUAUCCAGACAUCAGAGAUUACACACGGGUGAGAAACCAUAUGCCUGCCCCGAGUGCGGGAAAGGUUUUCCACGGAAAUCAGAACUGGUCACACACCAAAGAUAUCACACAGGGGACAGGCCGUAUCCCUGUUCUGAGUGCGGAAAUCGUUUCCUGUGGAAAUCAGAACUUGUCAGACACCAGAGGUCUCACACUGGUGAGAAGCCAUAUUCCUGUCCUGAGUGCGGAAAAAGUUUUUCACAGAGGAAUAAUCUUUCCAGACAUCAAAGGUUGCACUCCGGAGAGAAGCCGUAUGCCUGCCCUGAGUGUGGAAAGUGUUUUUCACAGAAGUCCUAUCUUUCUAUACAUCAGGUAUGCCACUCGGGCGAGAAACCAUAUUCCUGUCCGGAGUGCGGGAGAUGUUACCCGCGGAAAUCAGAACUUAUCAAACAUCAAAGAAGUCACACGGGGGAGAAGCCAUAUUGCUGUGCUGAGUGCGGGAAAAGCUUUUCACAGAGUUCCAAUCUUUCUGCACAUCAGAUAUGUCACACAGGCGAGAAGCCGUAUUCGUGCUCUGAAUGCGGGAAGUGCUAUCCACGGAAAUCAGAACUUCUCAAACAUCAAAAAAUUCACACGGGUGAGAAGCCAUAUUCCUGCUCUGAGUGUGGGAAACGUUUUCUUCAAAAACAAUAUCUCAAUGUACAUCAGAGAUCUCACACGGGGGAGAAGCCUUAUUGCUGCUUGGAGUGUGGAAAGUGUUACUCAAGGGUAUCAGAAUUAUCCAGACAUCAGAGAUUACACACGGGUGAGAAACCAUAUGCCUGCCCCGAGUGCGGGAAAGGUUUUCCACGGAAAUCAGAACUGGUCACACACCAAAGAUAUCACACAGGGGACAGGCCGUAUCCCUGUUCUGAGUGCGGAAAUCGUUUCCUGUGGAAAUCAGAACUUGUCAGACACCAGAGGUCUCACACUGGGGAGAAGCCAUAUGCCUGCUAUGAGUGUGGGAAAGGCUUUGCAUAUAAAUCUACUCUCACUAUGCAUCAGAGGUCUCACACAGGGGAGAAACCAUAUGCUUGUCCUGAGUGCGAGAAAUGCUAUUCGUGGAGAUCACAGCUAUCCAAACAUCAAAGAUCUCACAGGUGUGAAAAGCCCUAUUCCUGCUCUGAGUGCGGGAAAAGUUAUCCACGGAAAUCAGAACUUGUCACACAUCGGAGAUCUCACACGGGAGAGAAUCCGCACACCUGUGCGGAGUGUGGAAAAUGGUUUCUGUGGAAAUCGGAACUUGUCCGGCAUCAGCGAUGCCACACCGGGGAGAAGCCGUUUACCUGCCCUGAGUGUGGGAAAGGCUUUGCACAGAAGUCCUGUCUUUCCAGACAUCAGAUAUGCCACACGGGGGAGAAGCCUUAUUCCUGUCCUGAGUGCGGGAAAAGUUUUGCACGUAAAUCAGAACUUACUAACCAUCAGACGAACCACACGGGGGAGAAGCCUUAUUCCUGUCUUGAGUGCGGGAAACGUUUUUCACAAAACUACUAUCUCUCUGCUCAUCAGAUAUGCCACACGGGGGAGAAGCCGUCUUGUGAGGCGGCUCCAUCAUCGUGA